UGCUCAUUAUUAUCUGACAUUGUUUAGUUGUGUGCCGCUGACUUUUAUUUUGAAAUAAGUCUAAUCUGAUGUUUCUUGCUUCCCUCAUCUGUCAGCAUUAGCUCUUAUAGCCAUCUGCACAUUUCGCCAAGUGCAGGUUGUGAAAUGUCUUCUGUCGAAGUAAAUUCCAACUCUGUGAUGGAGAAUCUGCAGGAGAGAGUUGAAGAGGAUGCGGAGAUAGAAUACGAGGAGUCCGUUACAGGACGAAAUGUUUUCUACAAGGACCGGAAGGAGUGGGCCGAUCUUGAACCUGUUCCUCAAGAUGAUGGACCCAACCCUGUGGUGAAGAUUGCUUAUUCAGAGAAAUUCACAGACGUGUACAACAUGUUUCGAGCGCUCUUGAAGAACGAUGAGAAGAGUGAGAGAGCAUUUGCACUGACUGCUGAAGCCAUUGAUCUCAAUGCUGCCAAUUAUACAGUAUGGCACUACAGGAGAGUUUUACUGCAGGCUCUAGAUAAAGACCUGAGAGAAGAGAUGAAGUAUAUAACAGCCAUCAUCGAAGAUCAGCCCAAGAACUAUCAAGUCUGGCAUCACAGGCGGAUGGUGGUGGAGUGGCUGAAUGACCCCUCAGAGGAGCUGGAGUUUGUAGUAGAGAUACUCAGUCAAGAUGCCAAGAACUACCAUGCGUGGCAGCACAGACAGUGGGUCAUACAGGAGUAUAAACUGUGGGAUGGAGAACUGGAGUAUGUGGAGGAACUUUUAGAGGAGGACGUGAGAAAUAACUCGGCCUGGAAUCAGAGACAUUUUGUCAUCAGUCACACCAGUGGAUACUCCGAUCUUGCCAUUCUAGACAGAGAAGUGCAGUACACACUAAAACAGAUCAAGAAAGCACCCCACAAUGAGAGUGCUUGGAACUAUUUAAAAGGGAUUCUGCAGGAUGGGGGACUUUCCUCGUACCCUGGAUUGCUGGAACAAUUGAUGGAGCUGCAGGACUCAUGCAGUUCUCCUUAUCUCACUGCCUUCCUGAUCGACCUCUAUGAAGAUACUCUGGAGACCAAAAACUCGAGCUUUAACCAGCAAGACACACUCAACAAGGCUGUGGAGCUUUGUAGGUUGCUAGCCAAUGAGAAUGACACCAUAAGAAAGGAAUACUGGAAUUACGUAUCCCGUUCUCUCCAGAACACGUAUGGCUCUGGUGACUCUGCCCCCUCUUCUUCUGACCAGCCCCAUUCCUCCUUCGAGCAGCUCGAUGAUGAUCCCAGUGACCACUGAGGAGAACCACAACCAGAAUACAUGCUUAAAGGGAGCAAGAAGAUAUACUGAGAGCUGGGAGGGCUCUUUAUCUGUAUGAGUGUGUGCAGCUUAGCUCUACUGUAUUAGUAAAAGCUUUGUUGUAGUACUUGUACGUUAAAGAACGGUGCAAAGUAGCCAUAUGCUUAAACAUUCAUAGUGAACUGAAUGCUUGAGUUAUGAACAAUUAAUUAGAAUUGUACUGUGGGAGUUUGAUGGUAAAUCAUAACAGACAUCUUAUGUUCAGACUUAUCAUGAAUGUUUAUUGAUUAAAACAUGUCCAGGUCACAUUUCACUUUAAUAAAAAGAUAAAUAUGAUUAUUAUUUUUAACAAUAAAUGUAACUUAUAUUAAUGGUCUUAAAUAGGUGCUUCAUUUUAUUUAUGCUAAAUAUAAUUAAGCACCUAUUUAAGACCAUUCAUAUUUUUUGCAUUGUGAUAUUAUUUUCACGAGAAUUAAGCACAAACUCUGUUUUUUUUUGGGGGGGGGGGGUCAAUUCUUAUUCUCAUUGAUUGUACUUAUUAGAUUCUCAUUACUAUAAUACACAUUUUUACUGUAUUUAAAACAGUGAAAUAAAUUGGCAUAAAGGCAGUACAGUAUAUAUUAGCAUUGUGUAAAUACAGUUUGUUUGUUUUUUUCACAUUACAGUGAUGAGAAUUUGAGGUGGAAAAUCUGCUUCAUUGUCAGGAAAUUUUCAAAACGUCAUAAUGCAAAAAAUCUAACUCGUCCAGAAAAUAGGCUUAAUUUUCUUAAAGCAAAAUAUAAUUUCUUAUUUCAUAAUUUCAGUUUUUGAGUUAAAUAUGACCUGCACGUAGUCUUGAUAAGUUUCGUGGAGUCACCCAUUUUGGCUUCUUUUAAGUUGGAUGACAAAUUUUUGUGUUAUCUAUCAAAGCAAUUGUAUUCAUAACUACCGUGCUUUAGGUGUACACAGAAACUACUCUUGCCAAAGCAAAUGCUGGUCUGUAUUACCAACUUUUCUCAUAUUGUAACUGGUUUUUUUUUAUUUUAGUUUUUUUGUAUGUUCAGAAUUAAUAAUGACUAAUGAUAAAGCUGAACGAUUUUCCAGAUUUGUUUUGUCUAACAUUUAAUGUUUGGCAGAGAUUACUAAAAUGAGGAUCUAAAAAUAUCUUUUUAAAACUGUUUUGAUGUUUUAGUCUUUUGAUUUGUGGACAGAUUUGUUUGCCAUACCAACAGCAUCUUUUAGGUUUAAGGAGGCAGAAAUGGUUGUAGAUAAGAGUAAAUGUCCAAUAAUUAUGCCUUAUGAUAACAAACAUGAUGUUUAAGCUUUUGGAAAAUACACUAUAUUGCGAUUAACGAAUUUGGUUACUCCAUUAAAUCCA